UCCUGCUUGGACGAGGUUGACUAAAAUAUUCCGUCUCGCAGCAAAGAACCUUUAUACUCUCAAAAUAACAUCACGUCGGGAGAGGACACGUAGAUACAGAGACAGAGCAAGUUAGUAUCUGCAACAUUUCACCAAACACUUAGCAUUUGGGUCAUUUUGAGCAAGAAAAAGCGAUUUUUUGGUCAACAAAAAAGAAGAGUUAGUAGAGUAUAAGAUGUCCUUGAUGGAGCACGGAGCGGUCCGGCCUGUGACGGCAGUGGCCUGGACCUCCAACACAAGCACCUGCCCCAAAGGUUUCACCCUGAUCAACAUCACAGAAGACGGAGCAGCAGCGAACUUCACACGCAGCUUUGGGAUGAAGUCUGGAUAUUACCUCUGUUACAGCAAGGACUUGACUGGUGGUAUGGUGGUGGCAGACAUUCAGGUCAUUACAGACAAGGACUCUAUCCCUCAUGGCUACUGCUAUAUAGCAGAGCACCUUGAACUUAAGGCCUCCGUCUCAAAGAAAAAGCGUGUGUGUGUACGUGUCGGGCCAGUGGGCAGCAUAGACACAGCUGUGUUGGACAUCAAACUGACAGCCAAAAGCAAAAUGAUGCUUCAGCAUUACACAUAUGUGGGAGAUAUCCACGGAUAUGUGCUGUGGUGCAGAAAGGGACACUUUUCUAGCCCCAUACCUCAAGCUAAACCCCGCAGUGUCAGCCUGGACCUCCGCAAGCUUUCCCUGGAACAGCCCCCUGCACCUCUCCCCCUCAGAUCCAGCAACCCUCCUCCUCCAGUGCCACCUGGGAGGAUAAGUCAGAGACGCUCCAGCCUACAUACCAAGGACAAUUUGGACAAACCAGCUGACAACAGUUUUCAGGGAAUUACAGCUCUUGAUGGAGUUCCCUUCAGCCUGCAUCCCAACUUUGAUAUUCAAGCAAACGGGACGACUCUGCAGCUAAACUCUCAGUUAAACAAUAUUCGCAUAAAGUCUGUCAAAGACAUUGAAAAUGAGUACAACUACACAUUCACUGUUGAAGAAUCUGCUGCAAAGAGGUCCAGACCAUCUGUCCCAUCAGCUCAGUGAUCUUUGCAUUCAUGUUGAAUAUUGAUGUCAAAUUUCUGUUACGUCUACAAGGAAGUUUCUCUAACGGACCAAAUUUGAUGAAGGAUAAAUUGUGCUUCCAUUUUUGUACAACAAAGCAGAAAUUUCAAAGAUGAGAUCACCUGUGACACUUUAACGAAAUGUAGGUUCUAAGUUUAAGUAUAUAACCCAAUUACGUAUUAAUUUAGAGCAGUUUUUGUUUUCUAAAGAAAAAUAUGCUUAUUUAAACAUGAAGGUUAAGUUUGUACUGAACUUAGGAAUAUCAUUAGUAUCUUAUGCUUUUAACUGAUCGCAUGCAGCGUUAAACCAAAUACUGUUGCCUAUACUUGUUUAGAUUUCAAAUGGACAACAGUUAUUGCCAAAAAUGAGGAGGCACUUUGCUACUCCGUAUGCCUAUUUCUUGCUCUUAUAUUUAUGUAUGUAUGUAUUUCCUGAUACACAAGUCCAUUUUCUGUCUGUUUGUAAGUAGAGCUGCAGAUUUGUCGGAUAAACGUUACUCCUGAUGAUCACUGAGUAGUUACACUAGCAUUUCUGUGUAGACGGGCUGUGAUACUUUGAAAGAACACAGAGGUUAUAAUCUUAUCAGACAUCUAUUAUUUCUCGGCAAUGACUGGGAACCAACGGGGAAAAGGAAACCACACUAUGGUGUGUGUAAUGUUACAGGACAGUGCUUAAUGUUUUAAAAUGCUGGACAUGUACAAGAUAUUCUCACCACAAAUGAACUUUAUAUUAUAUCAAGCAAUACUUUCAGGUUAACGUAGGAAAGUUAUAGAAAGAAUAGUUUCAUAAAAGGAAGAAUACAUAAUAAACUAAUGAGAUAGAUAUACAUUUCUUACUGAAAUAAAAUCUCAUUGUAUAAUCUUGUUGUCAGUUUCGUACUUUUUUUUUCUCACCCUCCUUUGCAAUCCACGGCAUUCAAUUUAUUGAAUUAACAAGUUUUCAAAACCUUUGCAUGCGGCUACUGUCACAAGUGUGCUAUCGCGCAUAUGUUCUGGUAUUGUGAAAAAUGAAAUGGAUUUUGGAACUCUAUCCACUCAUUUACAAAAGCUGCAUUGGCGACACAAUUUGAUUUAUCCCCAUGUUUCUAUUUAUUAAAUGAACUGCCAGAAAUACGAACGACUCAAAGAAGUACAGACUGCUAAUUACGAUAACAUAUUAUACAAAAAAAUGUAUUCUUCUACUUUGGAAAGGGGAACAGCUGCCCACCUUUGAAAUGUUCAAAGAACAAAUAAUACAAUUCCUCCCAUUGGAGAGGCUAACUCUCAAAGGACACGGCCGAGAACAAAUGUUCCGUGAACUGUGGUCUCCACUCCUAAAUCAAUUAGGGGGAGAAAAUAUGGACUGACAUGACUCACUAAAUGAGUUAACCAUUUGUCAAAAUGUUGCUGUUAUCUCAUGUAUUCACUGUAUAUUCACUGUAUUUAUUAACCAUUGUCUGCGUCUAAUUUCUGUCUGUGU